AUGCUGAUCAGAACUCAAAAAAACCAGCAACAGCUACGGCGUUAUGCAGCCGGAAUCUGUGGCCUGAUGACCAUCUUCAUCGUCACCCACUGGUUGCGUCUGAUUCUCAGAAACCUGCUGGUCCGGAAAGUGCCUGGUUUCACGUCUAGUGGUCAUGUUCUUGUAGUCGUUGCCUACGUGGCUAUCAACCUGUCCUUGACCCUUACCAAUGUGACAAUGAGUAUCUCGGGCAUCGCCAACAGAUGCGGGUGGAUGCUCUGCGCCAAUUUCUGCCUCGUGGUCUUCCUCGCACUCAAAAACACUCCUCUAGCCCUCCUUAGUGCCUACUCGUACGAGCGGCUCAACGGUCUGCACCAGAUCGCGGGCUACACCACGUUCGUGUUCCUCGUGCUCCACGCCUCCAUGUACACCAACUACUUCCUCAGCGACAACGAGACCAAGAUCUUCGAGGGCGGCUCGGUCAGGGCUGGUAUCGUAGCAGGCUUCGGCUUCCUGGGCGUGGUCUUCUCUGCCACCGUGGUCCGUCACAUAUGGUACGAGGCCUUCCUCGUCAUGCACGUCGUCUGCUUCCUGAUCGCCCUGAUAUCUGCGAGUUACCACCAGCACGAGCUGUCCAGCGGCCUACUCGUCAUUUUUUCCGUGAUUGCGGGCUUGUGGGGUGCAGACCGCCUUGUGCGCGGCUCGAGGAUGCUCUUCGGCUCCAUCAACAACCAUGCCGUCAUCGAGCCCCUCCCUGACGGAGGCACCAAGAUCCUCCUCGCCAAGAGGCCGCUCGGUGCCGUCCCGGGUAAGCACUGUUUUGUGUGGAUCCCAGCUAUCCGGAAGUUUGAGAGCCACCCAUUCACGAUUGCGGCUACGGAGCCUAUGGAGUUUGUGGUAAAUGCCUAUGAUGGCUUCACCCGGGACCUGCACAGUUACGCGGCGGCAAACCCUGGGGCGAAACUCAUGGCGUCAGUGGACGGACCUUAUGGGACAUUUCCAGAUCCCAUGUCCUUUGAUAAAGUAGUGCUCAUCGCAGGAGGGAGUGGAGCUACUUUCACCUUUGGAUUGGCUGUCAACAUGUUGGAGAGGAUGGGACCAGAUUCAACCAAGACCAUCGUCUUUAUCUGGGCUGUCAAGAAACACGACAACCUAUCAUGGUUCGCCGAUCACCUCCAGACCCUCAAGACACACCCACACUCGCCCAAGGUGAACGCGUCGCUGUACGUCACGGCUGCAGCUGCGUCCGACCCCUCCACCCAGGAGAACUCAGACGCGGAGGAGGAUCGACAGCAGCAGCACCAGAAACAGCAGAACGCGGCCCCUGCCAUCAUCAGCAGCAGCAGCGCCAUCGUCAAGAGCGAUGUGUCAGCCAGGCCAUCGGCCGCCAGCACGCUCAGCAACAGCUACGUGGCCGCGGACCUGGAGAAAGCCGCCGCCACCAAUCGUAUGCUCUCUACCGACUCGUUCCACGGCCACGACCUCCGACCUGGCCGGCCCGACACCGCGACGCUCAUCCGCGAGGCCGUGUCGUCGGCGCGAGCCACAGACCGGGUCCUGGUUGCCGCCUGUGGGCCGUCGGGCUUCAUGAGAACCGUCCGGGAUACGACGGCCAGCUUGAUCCGGGGUGACGGCCCAGGAGUCGAAUUGCACUGUGAGCAGUUUGGAUGGUAA